AUGCGUUCUCAACUGGAGGAAGAAGCGAUCGCAGCAGUCCGUGAAUUUUCGUACGCUGUGCAGUGGAUAUGUAUUUCGGAAAUGCUGCCACGCACGAAUGAACUGUUAUUCCUGAAUCUGACGACAUUAGAACAUACUACAUACUGUAUUGAACUGACAGCAAAAGGUUGGCGAAUUGCUAGCAACCGAGCAGAUUGUAUGAAUGGCGACUUCCGACAGCUACACAUGCAUACACAAUAUUUUGAGUCGCUCGGACAGUUACUCGACACGAUUUCUCCUCUAUACAGAACAAAGUUCGGAGGGCAUCUCAUAAGUAAGCUGAACGAUCUAGAGAGAACAACAAAGGGCUCGCCUUGA